UGGGCCCUCUGAUUCUGAGUCCCAGUGAACACGUCCCUCCUCACUGGAGGCCCCUGCCUCUCCCCGGGCUGAGCUGGCAGGAGCGGGGGCAGCCCCUCCCCUGCCCCGGAGGGUAAACAACCCUGGAGCCUCCCACGGCUCCAGCUGGCUCCGGGCUGGCGGCCGGCCCAAGCCCGCCCGCCACGUUGUUUUCCCUCCGAGAGCCUUCCUGGGCACUGCUAUUUUUGGCCCGCGUGACAGUGACUGAUGGCGGGCGGGGAAGUAUAAAAGCAGCUGCCGGGCCUCGGGGUCCACCAGACAGCUCGGGGAGGCUUGCAUGCCGGGCAGCAGCCCCACCGUCACGCUCCCCGUCCAUCUCCUGGCCACGCCAACGCUGGACGCGGGGCUCUGACUGCGGGGCCCCCAACUCUUGGCCCCGAACUCCCUGGGCCUUCCCAAGGACUGUCCUUGCUCACCCGGCAGCCCUGUGAUGCCUGGGUUCCCUCAGCUACAGGUCUCCGCCCCGCCUCGCCGACGGCCAUGAGGUCCCGGCUACUGCUUCCCGUGGCCCACCUGCCCACAAUUCAGGAGACCCUGGAGGAGAUGCUGCCCGGGGGGCCCGGGCAGGAGCCCCCGGCCUCCCCCAGCCUGGAUGACUACGUGAAGUCCAUUUGUCAGCUGGCACAUCCCACCUCAGUGCUGGAUGUGGCCACAGCCAGGGCCCAGCCCAGCAGAAGCCCCCGGCCAGCCCGGACCUUCCAGAAGAGCUGCCCUACUGAGUCCCUACGGGACAUUACUACCUGCUUCAGUGGUCAGCAACGGGCACCACCUGGGGACGGCACUACCGACCCCCUGGACUGGCUCUUCGGGGAGUCCCAGGAAAAGCGGCCGAGUAGGAGGGACCCGCCAAGGAGGACUGGCUUCUCUGCUGACUCCUGGGGUCUACACAGACAGAUGGACAGUGGCAAGGCCCGAGGGACCCCCAGAGGGAGACUCUGGGAUGCCAGGGUGCAAGGGCACUCUCUGGUGAGACCCUCAAGGGACUGGCACCAGGGCUCCGGGGCUUCCAGGCAACUCGGUGGGGCCGCGGCCUCCCCCCCAGCUCCCCGCCCCAGCAGCAUCCUCAGAACUCUCUAUUUGCACCUCCCAGUGAUCCAUGAACUCUAACCCCUCCCCAAUAAAGCCUUCUGUACAGAGUA